AACAACAUAUCUUUCGGAGAGGUGCACUACUUCUUUCAACUUCAGAUGUCAGAUGGCACAGGUGGUGUUGAGACCCUUGCUAUUGUGUCUCUUUAUUCUCCACCAGAUCAACAUCUUCUUGAAGCCUCACAAUGCACACUCUGGUCUGUACAGUAUCUCGGCAGUGCAGCAUUGCAAGUAAUCCCCGCAAAAUUGAUACUCUUAGUGGUCGCAAUGAUCCCACAC